AUGGUUGAUUUGCGACUAACUUGUAAUGAAACGAUCGUUCCUAAAUCUAUUAAAGACUACUUCGAUUACACGCGGCUACUUCGUUUACAGCAACCCACAGCUCAAGACUAUCAUGCCUUCAUGAAGGAGUAUUUGGAGCUGGGGCACAUGUCGCUCAUGAACAAAGAUAGUGGGGAUGAACGGGCGUACUACCUACCGCACCAUCCCGUAUUUAAAGCCUCCAGUACCACCACGAAAGUAAGGGUCGUGUUCGACGGAUCUGCAAAAACAAGCACCGGUUAUUCCUUGAAUGACAUUCUAUGUGUUGGUCCAAUCGUGCAGGACGAGCUGCUUGAUAUUGUGUUGCGAUUCCGCACCUACCAAAUAGCACUUGUGGGAGAUAUAGCUAAAAUGUACCGACAAAUAUUGCUUCAUUCUGAUGAUCGUCGAUUGGUGCGCAUAUUCUUUCGAUUUUCGCCGCAAGCUCCGAUCCAAGUAUAUGAGCUCAACACCGUUACAUACGGACUAGCACCUUCCUCGUUUCUGGCUACACGCACACUUAUCCAACUAGCAGAUGAUGAAGGGACUGAGUAUGCGCUUGCACCUGCAGCCCUGAAACGAAACUUUUACGUGGACGACUUCAUUGGUGGUGCCAAUAACGUUCGCGAAGCUGUUCAGCUGCGUAAGGAGUUAUCAGCGCUACUUGCCAAAGGUGGGUUUGAGUUGCGCAAGUGGACAUCAAACAAUCUGAGCGUGCUCUCCGGCUUAAGCACCGAGUAUAUCGGCACACACUCAUCGCUGCAUUUUAUACCCAACGAGACGGUCAAGGCACUCGGCAUCUGGUGGAAGCCUGAAUCGGAUGAGCUGUGUUUUGAAUCCAACACUGAGGCUGAUGAAGCCACGUCGACCAAGCGAUCUAUUUUGUCGAGCGUUGCCAAAAUGUACGAUCCGCUCGGAUUGAUAGCAUCGGUGAUCGUGCGUGCUAAGAUGCUGAUGCAGGAGCUAUGGCUACUCAAAUCCGACUGGGAUGAACCUGUUCCUUAUCAAAUCUGUAAAAAAUGGAAGGCGAUUCAGAGCGACUGGAAAACGUUAUCCGAGUACAGGACUAACCGUUACGCUCUCUUACCAGAUGCAACAGUAGAAUUUCACACAUUUACCGAUGCUUCUGAGGCCGCCUACGGAGUAUGUGUCUACGCUCGUUGUGAAAACGUGGCGGGAGAAGUCCGCAUCAGCCUAUUAGCUUCGAAGUCUCGAGUGGCACCACUGAAGCGCGUCACGUUGCCGAGGCUUGAACUUAGCGCAGCUGUCCUGGGCGCCCAUCUGCAUCAUCGCGUCAAGGAGGCAAUGCAGAUCGUGUGCGCCGAAUCGUUUUUCUGGUCCGACUCAACAGUGACGCUAAAAUGGAUUGCGUCACCUCCCAACUCCUGGAAGACGUUCGUGGCAAAUCGAGUAGCUGAGGUGCAACACUACUCUCAUCCAAGGCAAUGGAGGCACGUUCCUGGCACAUCCAAUCCUGCUGACUUGGUUUCCCGAGGCAUGUCGGCAGCACACUUCACGCAGAAUCAGCUUUGGAAUAACGGUCCAGAUUGGCUUGUGCAACCUUCGUCCCAUUGGCCCAGCUCAGAUCCAGAACCAAGCGAUGAGGCGGACCUAGAAACAUGCCAGGUGAGUGCCGCUUUAGUUUGUACACAAACUCAUCCAUGGUUUGGUAUUUCUUCAUCCUUCACCAGAAUGGUACGCAUCAUUGCAUACUGCAUACGGUUUGUGCGCAACACCAAGCAGAAGGCACGAUCACAGCGACCGAUACCGCACACCAAUGCAUCCAAGACGAUCACGCCCAAGUACGUGGAUGCUGCAAAAACUGUGCUUUGCAGACUAGCCCAGCAAGAUGCAUUUUCCGCGGAAAUCAAGCAGCUAAAAAAGGGAGAAGCAUUGAUGAAACAAUCACCUUUACGAAAACUUACCCCAUUCCUGGAUACAGAAGAAGUAAUACGGGUGGGAGGACGAUUGAACUUGUCGCAACUACCGUAUCAGUCCAACCAUCCAGCUGUUCUACCGAAGAACCACAAAUUCACCCGUCUACUUGCGGAAGAUUAUCAUGAAGAGAUGAAACAUGCUAGUGGAAGGCUAUUGCUAUCCCGCAUUAGAGAACUGUAUUGGCCACUGGACGGACGUCGCUUGGUAAAAAGCAUUGCAAGAAACUGCUUCCGCUGUAUUCGGCAAGAUCCCGCACUCGCCCGGCAGCCGGUUGACCAGCUUCCACCAUCCCGCAUCACACCGAGCCGACCUUUUUCUGUAACCGGAGUGGAUUACGCCGGUCCAUUCUACUUGAAGCCAGCGCACCGGAAGGCAGCAGCUACUAAGAGCUAUCUGUGCGUUUUCGUGUGUUUCGCUACGAAAGCUGUGCAUUUGGAACUCGUAGGAGACCUCACAACGGCGGGAUUCUUAGCAGCGCUACGCCGAUUCACAUCACGACGCGGAUUGCCAGCCCACAUCCAUUCUGAUAAUGGGAAAAACUUCGAAGGCGCAGAACGUGAACUGAAGGAGCUUUUUGAGCUGUUCAACGACGAACAACACCGCAACACCGUGGCUACUAGAUGCGCUGACCGGGGAAUCACUUGGCAUUUCAACCCACCAAAGGCUCCACACUUCGGCGGAUUAUGGGAAGCAGCAGUAAAGACGGCGAAGCGACACCUCUAUCGUCACCUGGGCAAUACGCGGCUGUCGUACGAAGGCUACUGCACUGUGCUCCACCAAAACGAAGCAGCGAUGAAUUCCCGUCCGCUGUUGCCUUUGUCCGACGAUCCCAACGAGCUAGCUGCACUCACACCGGCACACUUCCUUAUUGGCACAUCGAUGUUCGCCGUGCCUGAACCGGACUACACCCAGCUGAAAUCCUGCACGCUAGAUGAUCUUCAGAAGUGGCAGUUUUUGGUUCAGCGUUUUUGGAAGCAUUGGGCCACUGAGUAUCUACAAGAAAUGCAGAAAUGUUAUGCAAGUGGUGGCAGCAACAACAGCAACACCCGGCAGGCAAUUGACGUUUCAUACUAGGGCGAGGGGCGUUGAAACGCAUGGAAGAGCAGCAAGAAACACGGACGAGCGCUGAUGAACUGCAACUGUGUGCGUGUAACAGCACCAAACGGCAUGUGACGACGUACAGUGUGUGGAUGUGUGUGUGUAAUUUUAGGCAGCGAAGAUGGAUCGAGGUUAUGUUUACAAAGUGAAAAAGUUUGAUGCAGAAGCGUCUUUGUGAUAAACAUGUAUUUUAGUUGCAUAAUUUCAGUGUUAAAGUUUGUAAUGUGAACUUAAAAGUAAUGACCAAUGGUGCUAUUCACUUGUGUGCUGUUGGCGAAUAUUGAAGCGUUGAAAUAUUGAAGCGUCCUAUGUUAGUUUGUUGUGCUUAGUGUGAAGCAAAAAUGUGUGCUAAAGUGUUAUAAAUUAGAAAUAUGUAUGCGUAUCCGUCUAAUGUUCGGUUAAAUCUAUCUAAUUUUCCAUAUUUUUGGGUGUCCUUAUCGUUUACCAGGAGAAAACGAUAGAUGGAGGUUAGAUACGUGCAGCUAUUUGCCUCCGCAGGAAGGUAUGUUAAUUAAAGUUGUUGUAUUUGUAAUUUUUCAUUACGCUGCAAUUAAAUAACUAAUCGGAUAAAAUUUGCCGUUUAACAUUAUGAAUAAUCGAUGUUAUCAGUGUCCUUCAGAAGUGUUCCAAGCUGUCCGAAGACACACAAAUCCGCAAUCCACAAUCCAAGCACACAAAUCCGAUUCACCUCGUAUGCACCCAGCGGAUUUCAUGCGAAGGAUAUUGAAAAGCCAUCAAAGAAGUGGGCAUGAUGGUAAGGAAACUUUAAUUAUUUUUACUUUUAGAUUUCUUAUCCUUAUUUUUGUUUACAACCUUGGAUCGUCGGUGCGGGCCUUAUGGGAACUGCGCGGUCAGAGCAACAACCGGAUGAGCAUUUCGUUUCAGGUGGAAAUUAUAUCAAGUUUGGGAAUUGAAGAGAGUUACGGCACACUGUGAACAUCGUUGUAAACAAUCGAUGGUAACAUUUAUAUAUAGCUUAUGAAUGCAUGUGUUUAUCUAAUUAUUCAUUAAUUCGUUUAUUUAUUAAUUUGAGCAUUAGCGCUCCAUCGACAUUUUUUUUUUGUUCUUUUUAGAAAAUUGCUCUAACGGAACAGCUUAUCCCGGCCUUUCUCGGGUUUAGUUGCUGUUGCUUCACCGCGACGAUUGACACCAGAGUUUGCUAUGGUCGUAUUGUCGUCGUGUAAUCGUGUUAUCGCUGUUAACACACUUUGUUUAUAUCUAUUAAGAUGCAACAGCAUUAUUUAUUUUCCGGAAUAUGGCUAGCGUUGUUCCUCCUUAUAAGACGAAGACGUUUGAAAUUAGCACCUGUGUCAAUCGUCAAACGGUUGGCAAUAAAGUACAAUAAAUGAUAGGAGCAAAAACGCGAUGGCUGUUAGUGAUUUGCGAAAUGAAACCAACAGCCAUUUUACAUUUUUUAUCUUAAACAAGUCCUAUAUUAACCCCUGAAAGCUACCAAAGCUACAAUUUUUCAUUUCAUUUGUAUAAUUAGAGAAGAAUAGAUAAAAGGUGUAAUAUAGUGUAGCGACCUUAGCCGCAACAAGUUCUCUACACAACCGGCUACGUGUAGAUGGAGCUGAAGGCGGCAUCGGCGGCAUGUUCGGGCGGCUGACACUCAGCGAGAACAUUUUAUGAGAAGAGAGUGAGAAGCAAUCGAGACGAGCGAAGCGAUGGCGAAAAAAGGCCAUUCUGGUGUCGGUGAUCGCGGGAUACGGUGUUAAGUAGCGGGAUUAUAAAAAUAAAUUAAAUUAGUUAUAGUCAAAUAAAUGAAAAGUUAGUUUUAUUUAGUAGUUAGAAAAUGUUUUUAUCGGUCAUUUAGUGCUAGUUGUUUCAUCUGGUGACAGCGGUAAAGCGCAUACUUAGUAGCGCAAAUAACGCUAAUUCUGGCUGGUGUAUGAAUCAGGUAUAGUGGUGAAGGAAAAAAAAAAUUUUUUGGGUAAGUGGUGAAGGGAAAAUCGUAGCUUGUUAGUGAUUAAGUGAUAAUUAGUGAAAUAAGUGUAAAUUUUCAUUUUUUUUUCUCAACAAGUUUCCUUAAAAGUAUCAACUUAGUAAUAAUAAGCAGUAAGGGGUAGUUGGUACAGUAGUUUAAGUAUCAUUUUUUAUUAAUCCUUCAUUCUUUACGCUUACGUAGAGGGUAAUGAACCCAAGGGUGUUGGCACUUAGGAACAGAUCUGUUCAGGUUCAUUCAAAAAGUGUAAAUAAUAUUAAUCCAUCAUUACCGCAACUAAACUCCACGGCAAAUAGUGAAAGUUGUCUAAACACACAAUAUAAUUACCAAAAACGCCUCCAAGUUCUCAAAGGAGAAUUAUUAAAUCAAAGCCUUGAAAUCGAUAGAGCGUUGAACGCGUCAUUUUCAAAAAUGGCUUACGAAUUCCCAACGGAAAAGGCAAUGCUAUGCAUUCCUGAAUAUCACGGAGCUGCAAAGGAAUUAGAUGGAUUUUUAUUUCAAGUGGAAUAUUUUGCGAAUCAGAUACCAAGAGGCGAAUCGGAAGAGGAUUUAAUUAGAACGGUUAUGUUCAAAUUAAAAGGAAAUGCUGCUGGAUUUUUCAGUCGCAUAUUAGAUGAUACGUGGGCGAAUGUUAAAUUAAAUUUAAUAAAGCUUUUUGGAGAAAAAAUGAGUGUAGAAGCCAUUUUCCAACAAGUGGAAACUUUGCAGCAAGGAGUCAAUGAACCUUUCACUCAAUAUAAAGAAAGGGUGGCAAGGUUAAAACAAAAUAUAAUGAACAUCGAUACGAAAAACAGUGAAGAUUCUUACGCACAAAAAAAUUUAAAAAUUCACUUUUUAGCCGGAUUAAGAAACCCAGAAUUGCAAACUUUAGCCAGAACCAAUAAACACUUGGAAUUUGAUGACUUGUUGGAAUACCUGGAAGAUGAAGUUGUUCAAAUCGAACAUAUUCGGAAAAUUGAGGCUAGACUAAAUCGCUCGCAAACACCGGUACCAAAUAAUGAAUAUGAUGAGACCUACAAUGCGAGUCAAAACAAUAGUUUUAAUAAUCGUUCAAUGGGCCACAACACAACGUAUGGAGGAAACCAGCCCUAUACACUAAUGAAUAAUAGUAGUGCCUCACGCUGCGAUCAUAACAACACUAACAAUUUAGAUACCUGUGAUUUUGGUCAACCACAACAUAAUAGCACUACACAUAACCAAAAUAACACUAACUUCAAUUAUGAUGGUCAACCACAACAUAAUAGCACUACACAUAACCAAAAUAACACUUACUUCAACAGUAGUUUAGCUCAGCCAAAUAGAUAUUUUGCAUCUUAUAAAAAUAAUUAUACACAACAUCCACGAAAACACUAUUACCAAAAUAGAAAUCAGUACACACAACCACCACAACACCAUUAUGAAAACACCUGUCCACCAUCAUCACAAAACUACUAUGCACAUAAAUUUUCACAAGGGCCUUCUCAAUAUACUUACCAAAAGCAAGCAUAUCAAAACAUGCAUACAAAAAACUGAUACAAGGAACACUAGUUGAUUUUAACACUAAAACUAGUGUUCCCUUAAAACAAAAUAACAUGUUUUCUGUUGGUUUACAAACAGAGACGUGUAAGGAGACGAAGCAAACACUACACAGUACUCCCAUAGAUGAAUGUGAACCGCUUAAUAUUGAAUGCACUAGAGACGGUAGGUUAAUGGCUAAAAUUUUGUCGCAAAAUGUAAAUAAGAAAAUGGUGAAUUUUUUAAUUGAUUCGGGAGCCUGUUUCAACGCCUUGAGUUUGGAUAUAGCAAAAGAGCUAGGUUUAGAUUUUAUGAAUCACAAUGAUAAAGUAACUUUAUCAAGUUUCGAUGGAUCCUUAUCAAAUACUGAAGGGUCCAUGUUUUUAAAACUACAUAUUGGCAAUUUUGUAUACCCUAUAAAAUUUUAUAUACUAGAAAAACUUAGCGUUCCAGCUAUAAUUGGAGCAGAUUUUUUAAAAAAAUAUACAAUGUGCAUCGGAUCGAAUUUUCAAAUAAUUUAUCUGAAGAAGCCAUUAAAUACUGAACCAUUAAAUACCGCAGACGAGAAUAUAAAAAAAAAAUAUGGAAGAAUUAGAGCAAAUAGACGGUACCCUUUUUGAAAACAGUGAUAACACUCAAAAAGGAAAUUUCGAAUUGCUCCCACACAUAGAGAAGCAACUCGCAGAUUGCGACGUAGUUAAAACGAGCAAAGAUAGGGAAUUAGUAGGUUCAGAAAGGUAUAAGGAAUUGAUGGAUAAAAUCAAUUUAAAUCAUUUAAAUAAUGCAACAAAAAUCAGCACAAACAAAAUUAUUGCUGACUUCAGUGAUAUAUUCUACCUCCCGGGAGAUAAAUUAACAUACACUCAAGCAGCGACACAUGAAAUCGAAACUAGUUCCAAUAUCCCGAUAUUUAAAAGGCAAUACAGGUUCCCAACAGCAUUAAACAUGAUCAUGGAAGAACAAAUAGAAGAAAUGUUAAAGCAGCAUAUAAUCAGGCCUAGCAAAAGCCCGUGGAAUGCGCCGGUAAUGUGCAUACCAAAAAAAUCCGAAAACGAUCAAAAAAAAUAUCGGAUUGUCGUUGAUUUCCGUGCGCUAAAUAUUAUCACUAAACCAUUCAUAUAUCCGAUUCCUAGAAUUGAUGAUAUAAUGGACAAUAUUGGUAACAGCAAAAUAUUUUCAACAAUUGACUUAAAGUCAGGGUUUUUUCAAAUACCUAUAGCGCCAAAAGAUGCUGAAAAAACCGCCUUUUCAACAUCUAAGGGGCAUUAUGAAUUCUUAAGGAUGCCAAUGGGGCUCAAAAAUAGCCCGGCUACGUUUCAAAAACUUAUGAACACGGUGCUCUACACAAUUCAACCCAUUAAAGCCUUUGUCUAUUUAGAUGACAUCGUUGUAUUUGGGGAUACAGUAGAGGAGCAUAUCAAUACUUUAGCUAAAGUAUUAGAAGCAUUGAAAUGCCAUAAUUUAAAAAUUGAACCGGUAAAAUGUAAACUGCUUCACACAGAGAUUACUUAUUUAGGUCACACAAUCAAUGAAAAAGGCAUCAAACCAACACAAUUAAAUGUAAAGGCAAUUUUAAAUAUGCAAACGCCAAAAAAUCUUAAAGAAGUACGUUCAUUUUUAGGAACUAUUAAUUUUUAUGGAAAAUUCAUCCCGAACGUCUCUGAUAUACGUAAACCAUUACAUGAAUUAUUGAAGAAAAAUGUGAAAUUUAUAUGGAACGAAAGAUGUGAUGAGGCAUUUACAAAAUUAAAAAGUUUGCUUAUUUCUGAGCCUUUGUUAGUACGUCCUGAUUUUGGAGAUGUUUUUGUUAUAACUACUGAUGCCAGCGAUUAUGCUCUAGGAGCAGUAUUAACAAAUGAAAAAACAAUAGAACGCCCAAUUGCAUAUGCCAGUCGUACUCUGGUAGGAGCAGAAAAGCGGUAUCACCCGAUUGAAAAGGAGCUUCUAGCUAUUGUUUGGGCAGUUGACCAUUUUAAACAUUAUAUUUAUGGUCAAAAAUUUAUUAUUUAUUCCGACCACAGGCCAUUAGUAUCCAUUUGGCGUCUCAAGGAAAAUUCUCCAGUUUUGUCUAGACUGAGAUUGAGACUGCAAGGGUUGGAGUGUGAAAUUCGGUAUAAGAAAGGUAAAGAGAAUAUAGUUGCCGAUUUCCUAUCACGGCUUCCCGAGGUUAAAGAGAACGAACAUGAUGAGGAAGUAAAUAAUACAGUUGCAGUGGUAACACGCGGGCAAACGAAAAAAAAAGUAGUUCUCGAACUUAACAAUGAUAACGGGGAAGAGAGAAUAGAAGCAAGUAAGAGUACUACUUUACAAGAUGAUCACUGGGAAAACUUAAUGAAAAUUGAUUUGGAAAAGGAAACAAGCGAAAAAGAAGCUAAGAGAAAAGAGCAAUUAGAAAAAGUUAAACAAACUGUCGUAACCAAAUUCCAGAACUACAACCCAUUUUCUGAUAAGAUUGAAAUUGAGAGAAGCGAAAUAAAUACUGUGCUUCAUGAAUUUCAUGAUGCCCCAUUGGGAGGACAUGUGGGAGUGAGACGGAUGAAGAAGAGGAUCAAGGAGUUGUUUUUCUGGAAGGGAAUGGACAGAGACAUUGAGGGACACGUUAAAGGUUGCAAGUCGUGUCAAUUGAAUAAAAUUGGCCGGUUCAAUAAAAUUCCCAUGCAGAUAACAACAACGUCAAAACAGGCAUUUGAAAAAAUGUUCAUGGAUAUUGUUGUUCUGCCGGAAUCAGAGAGAGGGAACAAGUAUGGAUUAGUCAUUCAAGACGAUCUUAGUAGAUAUUUAAUAGUAACAGCCCUGGAAAACCAAGAAGCAACAACGGUGGCAAAAGCGUUUGUUGAGGAGGUUAUUUGCCGUUAUGGAGCUCCAGUAGAGAUAGUAACGGACCAAGGCACAAAUUUCAUGAGUCAGAUUAUGAAAGAAACAUGCAAGAUCUUAAAAAUAAAAAAAAUAAAUACAUCAGCAUACCACCCACAGGCAAAUUUAGUAGAAAGGGCCAACAGGGAACUCAAAAUAUAUUUGAGACAAUUUGUGGGCAAAAAUUAUCAACAGUGGGACAGUGUGUUGCCAUAUUUUGCAAUGGAAUACAACACAAGUAUAAAUUCGUCUACGGGAUUUACUCCUUAUGAAUUAGUAUUCGGGAGAAAAGCUAGACUUCCAACUUCAAUUUAUAAAGAAAAGAAUAGGAAAAAAUUAUAUAGUGAUUUUUGCGAAGAGCUUAUUACAAAACUAACAGAGAUUCAUUCAAUAGCAAGAAAUAAUUUGAUAAAUUCAAAAGAGAAACGCAAGGAGAAAUAUGAUAGGAAUGCGAUUGAUUGGCAACCCAUGUGGGGAGAAAUGGUAUUAGUUAGGAAUAAUCAGACGGGGGUUGGACAAAAAUUGCAGGGUAUCUGGAAAGGGCCUUAUGAAGUGGUAGGAAUACCGAGCGAGCAAACUUGCGAAAUAAGGAACGGAAGAAAAAUAGAAAAGGUUCAUAAUAAUAGGUUAAAAAAGUUUAACGAGUAACAUAAGGCAUUCAAAAAAAAAAAAUAAUAAUAAUAACCUAGGUUAAGUUAGUCUAACAAACAACAAGUAGAUUUGUAAAUAGAUAUAUAUGAACACCUUAUAAUUAGCAAAAUUUUCAAUCGUAGUAUCAUAAAUUCGCGAAUAAGUUUAGUUAUAGAGUUUUCAUAUAUAUCUAUACAUAGAAAUUUUUGUAAAUAGAAAUAAGGAUUUAAAAAAAAAAAAAAAAAAAAAAAAAAAAAAAAAAAAAAAAAAAAGCUAAAGGCGACUAUAGCUAACAUUCCCGUGAGCAAUCGAUACACAUUCCCUAGCGAUACACACUAUAAGCGCAAACACAUAUCAACACUGAAGGCACCAACGAAAAGCACACGGCAUAAAAGGCAUGUUAAAACAACUCCUAAACUAAACAAGGCACGCGAAAUGAAAGGUUGAGCUGGCGAGGUUGAGCGGAUGAGGUUGAAUGAUUGAUAGAAACCGAAUUGUUCCCCCAGCGUUUGUUAUAAGCGAUAAGUCCCCAAGCCAGAACAGAACAUCUGAAAUACGAAAUAGGUCAAAUUAGUAAAAUUUAGGGUACGAUAAUAUUACAUUCAAACCCCAAACGACACUAUUUACGUAUAUUGCGAGUACGAGCAACUUCAGAUGAUUAAUAGCGAGACUGCACCACGAGGGUCGUUCAGGCGGAAAUGAUGCGAAACCCAGAGAUAUCAAUUGAUAAGGCGAUAUCGAUUUGCAUGAAAAAACGGCACUAUAAAAAAUUUUCUUGCAGCACUUUCGUUAAAAAAAAAAAAAGUGUAAUGAUAUGUAGCGACCUUAGCCGCAACAAGUUCUCUACACAACCGGCUACGUGUAGAUGGAGCUGAAGGCGGCAUCGGCGGCAUGUUCGGGCGGCUGACACUCAGCGAGAACAUUUUAUGAGAAGAGAGUGAGAAGCAAUCGAGACGAGCGAAGCGAUGGCGAAAAAAGGCCAUUCUGGUGUCGGUGAUCGCGGGAUACGGUGUUAAGUAGCGGGAUUAUAAAAAUAAAUUAAAUUAGUUAUAGUCAAAUAAAUGAAAAGUUAGUUUUAUUUAGUAGUUAGAAAAUGUUUUUAUCGGUCAUUUAGUGCUAGUUGUUUCAAUAGUAUCAAUAGGACAUUACAAUUAAUAAAAAUGGAAAAGCAAUGUGUUUAUCAAUAAAUAAUAUGUAAUAUAUAUAUAUACAGCAACUAUAAAUAGAGCGAUUUAACUAAAUAAAUAUAUGUUUAUUUCUUCCUUCUAUGGCAGCUUGUUUUAACAUUUCCCUGUAUGUUUACUCUUGCCGGUGCAUGUGUCAGUUUUCUUUUUAAAUAUUCUUUAUCAUAUUCUAUAUCUAUGUCUAUUCCCACGUGGUUUGUGGCGAUAGACUUAAAUAAGCACUGUAUUUGGGUAGUUACUAAAAGCUAUUUUUUCCUGACGAUCCUUCCCAGCUACACCGUGCAAGAAAAGUCCCAUCAAACAUUAACGCUGAUCAUUUUGGCUGGUGUACGGCUCACAAUACAAACAGAUCCUCUAGCAGCCGCUAUCACCGAUGCAGAAGCACUGGAGGGUAAUUGUUGUCUUACAACAGCGGACAUCAUACCACGCUGAUUCUUCGGAGCAUGAACUUCGACAAGCGAUGCAAUCGAUGGUACUGCAGAUCCCGCCAAUGCCUGUUGUCUACCGAUCUUCAUGCCUGAUUCCUGCGGUAGAGCAUCAACAACCGGUACCACUGAUGGCGCAGCAGUACUAGUUGACGGUUGCUGUCCAUGUUGCUGGCCUAACGGACGGAAUGGUGCAGGAACACCAGGUAAUGUUGACCGAUGAUGAUUACCAUCACCGGCAUUCGAGACCAGCGCUGACACUUCAUCCGUUACCUUCAGCUGUUCAACAACACGGACUGGCAUUCUUUGUUGACUCGCGCUGACCGGCCACUGAAACCACCGAAGGCACUACACUUGUUGUCGGAAGUUGUACAACAACACGGACCGGCAAUCUGGGAGGACGGAUAGCACGAGGAAUUGCAACCGGAACCACCGAUGGCACUGCACUUGUCGUCGGAAGUUGUCCAACAACACGGACUGGUACAUCUGACUGACGAAGCUACAGUAUCGGACAUUAAGAUAGGACCCUUUUUUUUCAAUGCACCGUGCACUUGUUUUGCCACGUUACUCGUGUUUGUGUGUGUGUAUGUGUGUAUGUGUGUGUGUAUGUGUGUGAGUGUGUGUGUAUGUGUGUGUUUGUGUGUGUAUGUGUGUGUGUGUGUGUGUGUGCAUGUGUGUGUGUGUGUAGUAGUAGAAAGAGAGUGUGCUUUUUAAUGUGUAUUUGCAAGUGCGCGUGUUUGUGUCUGAAAAACAUAGCUUGCCAUGAUGUCAUAUUGCGUUGAAAUUAUUCUUAUUAUGUGUGUUAUCAUGUGAAACAUUGUGCGUUUACACUUGGAUAAAAACUAAAGUUUGCAUCGACAGCAGCGCUUGUUCCUCGGACGAAAACGCAGGUGUGCUGUUUCAUGAAUGUGAACGCGACACCGGUGCGAAAUGGACACGCGCACAAUAGCAAUGAACUCGGCAUUCCCUCACAGGUGUUUCUCCAGUGCACGCCAUUGAAAGGCAUGCGUGCAUCUUUGCGUUGAACGUUGUGUGCGCAUGGGAAACUUUGUGCGUGCAUUGAGCUGGCGCGCAGUUAUUCAUUUCAAUGGGCGUUUUGUUUCAUGAGCGCGGCAGUAUUCUGUUCUCGAUUUUGAAGGGAAGACGCUUACUCGCGUAGUCGUUGAUAGUUUUUAUCCAUGCGAUGUUUUCGCUGCUCGACAACGAUGUAAUUCAUCGCGUAUAGAAGUAGAACGCAGGCAGAGCACGGGAUCAGCCGUGUCCAAGUUUUUAACCAGCGCGUUCUUGACGGUCCAAGCAAGCAAUGUUAGUAACAAUGGGUCGAGGUAAACGUUGUACCGAUUAUCAGCGCCAUAUGUAAAAGCGAAUGGCUGCUGCUGGCAUUAAGCGCAAAAGGAUCGAGUUCGUAAUGGAACGAUCGCGCACUUUUGUGGCAAACGCGCUUCGGACAACCGAAACGUGCUUAGACAACUGAAACGCGCUUGGACAACCGAAACGCGCAAGUCAACCGGACGUCCUCAGAAGACCACGGCGAAAGAAGACCGUAACAUUGUUAAUAUAUCGAAAACACACUGAUCGCGAGGGCGGUGGUCCUGCUUAUCACACCAAAAACCUAACCCAAAACACAAAAAAGCUACUUACAAAUCUAUCCGAAACGACCUACUUGUGAAACAAACACACACAUCAAUACACAUUCAAACAUACAUCCACACACACACACACACAUGCACACACACAUACACACACACAUACACACACAUACACACACACAAAAACACAAACACAUACAAACCACACAUAAACUUGGCCCAACGGGUGCACGGUGCGUUAAAAACCCAAUGCCCUAUCUUUCUGUCCGAUACUGUACUUAUCACAUACCCGCAUUUUAUGUCCCCAUUCUUGGUGUUUCUAUUCCUCAUCCUCCGGCACCGUCUGGAGAAUGUGGGAGUCACUGCUCUAUAAAAACCACCGGACUACCACAAACUGGAAACAGCGGAAAACCCCGUGGGUCACCGGCCACCGUGCUAAAUUGAAGCAAAGUUGAACUAAUAUGCCGUGCGUAAAAGCAAAAUAAAUAUUUCAUUUUAAUGUUUAUUAAGCUACACCGACAUUAUAUUUUUCAUCUAAAACGUUUUUGAUGUGUUUUUUCUCAUCGCGUUUAGGCGUCGUGUAUGAGAUCGCAACUGCUAAUAAUUUCGUCGUCUGAGGCGGACUGUUAUGGAGGUACAAAAUCUUCAGUGAUGAUGAAUGCGUUCACGCAUCUACGAGCCGGUAAUUGGCGGUAUCCAGAUCAUCGUCGUACUGUUAGCUUACCUAAGCUACCGAAAUUAGCGUCAGUGUAAAAUCUGUGCUGUGAGAAUUACAGUUGGCUCUCACAACCGUCCGGAAGUCGCAGUGAUAAUGGUAACAUCAAGAUCAUCACCACCGCACGAAGCGCAGCAUAUUGACCCAAGCCCAAGCGGACAGCAACCACCUGCAGCAAACGUACGCCGAACGAAUGGUCGUGGUAGCCGCGUUAGGAUUGCAAGGCGAUACUUGCGCUCUGAAAAUGCUAGCACAGAUGUUUGGGCCACAGAGGUGACGUUCCGAGAUUGUAAAAACAUACCGGGCCCACAGUUUCAGAUAAGCCGUUCUCAUCAAUGCCAUACCAUGUACGGUCGGCUAGUUACACUUCAUCACGAAGGACAAUCACAUCUGGGUGAUGGAAUGCUGUCAAAACGAUGAAGCUGGCUUAGUCCUCGAUGACGACAACAAAUUGUUUGAACAUGUUCAAUUAAACAAACAUGUUGUUUUGGCUUCUCAUAAUUAAUGGUGAAUGCUGCUGCGUGAUAAACGUUUUCGUGCGCUAAAUAAGGUUUGUAUGAAAAAUAGUGUAUUUUUAGAAUAUUUUAUUUUCAAUAAAGUAACGGUCAAUUUGAAAAUAAGCUGUGUUGAUAUACAACCCGAAUGAAAGAAAUACACGGAUAAACGAAUGUAAAUAAUACACGAAAGAACGGGAGGUCCGUUUCAUCCGUACCCCCCACGCCCAAUCAUGUCUUCCGUUGGGCGCCUGAGCCAUGCACGGUUGGGCGCCCGUUUCUCCUCCUCCGGCGCCGUCAGUUUAGCUGUCAAUUGCCUGCCGGGUACCCACCACUCGUUGGCCUCUCGCGCGUAUCGUUGAAAUCCAUCCCGGUGAAGACAAGAUAGUACGCGUCGUUACGCUUAAGACGGCUAAGGGAAUAAUUACGCGACCGAUCACGAAAAUAUGCGUUUUACCGCUCAGAACUGAUAGCGAAAACCACGUGUAGUCUAGGAAGCAACUUUUUGUUGACAUUCGUCAAGGUGGGGAGGAUGUUCGAGCAGCUACGCGAAUCGUGCAGAUUUGAACUGCGGAUCGGAUCACAUCCGCGCCCGUUGAUGUACACAUCUCUAUCGAUCAUAAAUUAAUAAAUAGGAUGCGAAAAGGCUUUUUCCCUCUCUUCAUCACCAGCAA